UUAAAAUCCAAUGGUAACCAGUAGCCAACUUGGGAAAUUCUAGGGCUUACAAGGGACUCGAGUCUUUAUAAUCCCGCAGCCUUUUUAUCGCUCGCGCGUACUUCGGGAGGCCGGCGGCGAUCUCGUACUGCCAUCCGCCUCAAGGUUUGAAAGGGGGAAGACGUACACGUGAAAAAUGAGCAAGUUGCAGAGUGAUGUACUCAGGGAAGCAAUCUCUCAGAUUGUUGGUGAUUCUCGAGAGAAGAAGCGCAAUUUCACAGAAACAAUUGAGUUGCAAAUUGGUCUGAAAAAUUAUGAUCCUCAAAAAGAUAAGCGAUUCAGUGGUUCUGUGAAGCUCCCACACAUUCCACGCCCUAAAAUGAAAGUUUGCAUGUUGGGUGAUGCACAACAUAUUGAGGAGGCUGAGAAGAUAGGACUUGAUUGCAUGGAUGUUGAAAGUUUGAAAAAGAUGAACAAAAAUAAGAAGCUUGUCAAGAAACUUGCUAAGAAGUAUCAUGCUUUCCUCGCAUCUGAGGCUAUCAUUAAGCAGAUUCCUCGUCUUCUUGGUCCUGGCCUUAACAAGGCAGGGAAAUUUCCCACAUUGGUUAGUCACCAAGAAACUUUGGAAUCUAAAGUCAAUGAGACCAAGGCAAUGGUAAAAUUUCAACUGAAGAAGGUCCUUUGUAUGGGUGUUGCCGUGGGCAACGUUGCCAUGGAGGAGAAGCAUAUUUUUCAGAAUGUGCAAAUGAGCGUGAAUUUACUUGUGUCGUUGCUGAAGAAGAACUGGCAAAAUGUGAGAUGCUUGUAUCUGAAGAGCACAAUGGGGAAACCAUCUCGCAUUUUCUAACUCAUAGCUUGCUUGGCUUAAAAUUUUUCGUUUGUCAAUCAUUAUGAAUGAGCAGAAGCUAUGAAAGAUUUAUUAUCUUUUCCCCCUUGAACUAAGUUUAGAACUUUAUGUUGUUGCUGUCUUAACAUUCCAUGGAUUUUGAAUGAUUUGCUAUUCAAGCGUGAUAAAUUUGCUGUUUCAUUUAA